UCUCUCUAUUUCUUCCGACCGAACACAAGCAAAGCUUCUUCGAUCUUCCUCGUACUGUCUUCGUUUUUAAAUGUAAGUUCUGUCUUAAAUGUCGUUUUCGAAGAAUGUCUGGUGAUGAUGAUGAACCUUCUUAUGGCUCUGGAGACGAAGUAAACAUCACUGAUGGACACAACAAGCGUAUCCCUCCAGCAACACCUUCUUCUGCUGCCUCUGGACCAACUCGCAAGAGAAGCCGCAAGGCAUGUGGCGAUGCCAUAGUCGAAGCCAUGCUUGAAAUCGCAGCAGCUUCCAAAAUGAGAGCGGCGGCUUUGGCUAACAACGGAGACAGAUUCUCGAUCAGCAAAUGCAUCAGAGCGCUUGAUGACUUGCAAGGUGUUGAUCAGCAAACCUACUUUGUUGCUUUGGAUCUGUUUGAGAACCCGAGUUCACGGGAGAUUUUCAUCUCUUUGAAGUAUGAGAAACGGUUGAAGUGGCUACAGGGGAAGUGUAGAGCUUUGUAGUUUUCUGUUGCAAGUUCUUAGUACUUAUGGUGAAAUGAUGUCAUUGAUCUUCUUCACUUGCUUAUAUAUGAAGAUGUAUCACUGGUGGAAAUCAAUUGAAUUGUUUUCUUAGACUA